AUGCAAGCUCUGCUGCCGUUCAAAAGAGAAACGGUGUUUGCUGAGCUAGCAGUGAAAUCACCUGAUGCUUAUGGACCGCUGUGGCUCUCCACGACACUCAUCUUCUGCCUGGCGUCGUGUAGCAAUGUGGCGUCUUUCUUGGACUACGGCGGCAACAGAGACGAGUGGACGUACGAUUUCAGCCGUCUCGCUUCGGCGUACACGCUGGUGGAGAUCUUUCUUCUCGGCCUACCCAUGCUUAUCUGGCUCGUAGGGAAGUAUUUCCAAGUGCCUAUGUCUCUGCUCUUCCUCAUAUGUCUCUACGGGUACUCAUCGAUUAUGUUCAUCCCGGCUGCGAUCUUGUGCGUCUCUCCUAUUGACGCCGUGGACUGGGUAGUCAUGUUGUUGGCUAUGGCGUGGUCGCUCUUCUUCUUGCUGAACAAUCUCUGGCGUGUCAUUUCUGAGCACUUGACGAAGGAAAAGAUGCUGCCGGUGUUGGCGGUCAUCAGCGGGGCGCACAUGAUAUGGGCUGUGCUCAUGAAGCUACUUUUCUUUUAG